AUGUCCAAUGUCAAGGAGUCCAGCCCCGUUGAGGAGAGGAUGAAUGACUCCGACGACAUAAAUCCCGAUGACACAUACUUCGAUUACGAUGGAGAUCUUGAUCACGCACCGGCGACUUCCCUCGGCACAUAUUUAGAUGGGAUCAACGAAGGUCUCGAACCCUUAGAAGACUACCAGGAUGGCGGAUUUCAUCCAGUCCAUCUCGGUGACAUACUAGGCGAAUGCAACAAGUACCGGGUUAUUCACAAGCUAGGCCAUGGUGGCUUCGGAACCGUAUGGCUUUGCCGAGACUCGAAUAAUUUAGGAUACGUUGCAGUUAAGGUUAUGACGGCAGAUAUCAAACCGGAAGCUCUUCCAGACCUUGCCUUGACUGGACUGAAUCAAAUCUCUCCUGGCGCUGAAUGUAUCGGUGUUCCCUUGGAUUCUUUCUCAAUUACUGGGCCGAAUGGGGAGCACCAAUGUAUCGUACUCCCAGUACUUGGCCCCUGUGUUUCACCCAGGCUCUGGUUGGACCUGAAAGAUCCUGUACCUAUUCUACGGAAGAUGGCCCAUCAAUGUGCCCUAGCUAUGAAAUUUCUACAUGACAAUAAGAUUUGCCAUGGAGACUUCCGACCAUCAAACAUCCUCACAAGACUAGCCAGCUUUGAUCGGCUUUCUGAGGAUGAAUUAUUAUUGCUUAUUGGAACACCUGAGAAGACUUAUGUGUGCACAGAGUCUGGGAAGGAACUUCCAACGUCCUCGCCACGUUAUCUCACAAUUCCCGCCAACCUCUCCAAAUUACUUGACAGGUACCUCACCGACCAGAUCUGUGUUAUCGACUUCGGCGAGUCUUUUCCGAUAUCUUCGCCUCCGGAGCAUCUGGGCACCCCUGAAAAUUACCUCCCGCCCGAGGUGCUUCUAGAGCAAGAGAACGCUAUUUCUCCGGCCUGUGACCUCUGGGCACUCGGUUGCACGUUGUUCGAGGUCCGGCAACAGCUUGCUCUCUUCUACAUGAUCUUCGAUAAGGACGAGCUCUUGGCAGAAAUGGUUCGUUUCUUUGGGAAACCACCUAAAGAGUUGUGGGAUCGGUGGGAGGCACGGGGGGACUUCUUUAAUGAUCAAGAGGUGUGGCUUCGACAAGGAGAUCACGAGGAUUGGUCACUAGAGGUGGCCUUGAGAAAGCCUAUGCAGACCAUCAUACAGGACGGGGACCAGAAGGGAGAGGUGGAAAAAUCCUUGACCACCCAUACAAACGAGCAGGCCAUGAUGGCGGAUCUUCUGCAUAGGCUCUUCCGCUGGGACCCUGAGGAACGCUUGUCGAUCGAGGAGGUGUUGGCACACGCGUGGUUUAAGAUGCAAAGUAGUACUGUCUGGACGGCGCCGUUGGUUAGAAUCGUCCGCACAACUAGCCCAAGGGCCUUGUGA